AUGGCAUCAGAAAGUGUCACGUCGAAAUCCCAAAAGCUCACGACAUCCAUGAAAGGUUUAUUAAGAGUUCCCGUUUAUCAAAGGGAUAAAGAAUUGUCGGAGAUUUUAUCGAAAGUCUUAGACACGACACGAAUGCAAUGUUUGGAUAGGUAUCCGGAAAACGUGCGACAAAGUUUGUCGUCAUCGGCAAUGUUUUAUUAUUUUCCACCCGGAAGAGUACUCGUUUCAGAAGGUCAUCCAUCGGUUGCCAUGUAUUUCAUAUUGUCGGGACAAGCGAGCGUAACAAAAUUGGUUUUCGAUCCCGGUAUAAAAAAAUAUAAAUCUGUAGAAGUCGCUGUCAUGUCGGCGGGAGAAUCUUUCGGAGAGAUAAACAUACUUCACGACGAACCUUGGCCGACUACGGUAACAACAUUAACCCACGUGGAAAUUCUUACGGUUCAAAAAGAAGAAUUUAAAAAUAUUUUAGAAGAAUUUUUAGGGGAGCAACAAAGGGAAAUAACAAAAUGUUUGAAAAAAUUUGCAUAUUUUAAAAAUUGGGAUCAUCGGGCAGUCGUGGAAUGUUGCAUUUUGUCCCGGAUAAUAAGUUACGGUGAUAACACUCUGAUAAUGGGUGGGGAAGAAAAAAUUCAAGUUCAAAGUUAUUUUUUUCAAGUUGCCACCCUGACAUCGGGUGCGUGUUUCGGAAUAGGAGAAUCAAUCGAAAGUAAAUUUAUACUCACGAGCACUCAUCCAACGGUACUAUUAAGAAUUCCAAGAUAUUUUUUACAACACCACAACAAGGGUAAUUCGUGGGGAAGAAUUCGGGAAUUCAUGAACCACAUUUAUCCUUCGCCGCAAAGGAUUUUCAAAGAGUUGACCGUGAAUCGUAAAUGGGUCAAAUCUAGGAGAAAAUAUCUCGAAUCACUAAUAAAACCUGGAAGGCCUUUUACGGGACUCACAGAAGCCGAAACUCCAUAUUUCAUAAGAUUAGAAUCGGAUAUUGAAAAUCCUAUUUUUAACAGAGCUAAAUUCAUCACAUUGGAAAAAUAA